AUGCGCAUUGCAACUCAGCAGCCAAUGAUUAUCUGCCAGCAGAGCGCGCAAUCCCUCUCAUCCGUUCCACGUCGGCAACCCGGCCGCAUCGGGCCCACAACGAGAGCAGCUGGGACUAUACGGGGACGCGAAACGCGUAGCAGGUGCAAACAGGGAAGUGUUAACUGGGCUCGAUUGCGCAACCAAAUCGGCGUGACCUCCGUGAGCGCAGCAUCCGUUUCUUCCGCGCAUAGGCGGAAGGAGGUGCGCGGAUUCGUGGAGGAAGACGCGUCGCAGUGCGGGACCGGCGGAGACCAGAGCGAUGCGGAGUCAAAGCGCGCGGAGUUCGAGGCAGGAUGGCAGAGUGGUUCCGAGGGAUCAAUGCCGCUGAUGGCGGCGCCGGAUGCGGCGCCAGGCGCGGCGAAAAGCUGUUCUCCCAGCGACGAGUUCGCGUGUACGAUUGCCGGAUGCACCCACGUCCACAGCAACGUAGGCUCCAUGCGGAGGCUAGGAAACCUCUCAGAAACCUCCUUCCGAGCAGCUCCGCUGGCGGAAUCCCGGCCUGUGCAGAGCGGUACCAAGGUUUUACCUGGGUCAAUUUCUGUCGCAGCUGCUGCCGUACGUGGUGGUGGCGACGGCGGUGUCGGCGCUGACGUGCCGGCGACGUUCGCGUGGUUCAGCAAGCAGUACUACGCGCCCGCACUGGGCGGCAUCAUGCUCUCCAUCGGCGUGCAGCUCUCCGUCGAGGACUUCAAGGCCGCCAUUGAGAAGCCCGUCACCGUCCUCCUGGGCCUCCUAGUGCAGUAUGCAGUCAAGCCGCUCAUCGCGGCCGCCAUAGCCACCUCCUUCCGCCUGCCGCCCGCGUUCGCCGCGGGCUUCCUCCUCACCGCCAGCGUCUCCGGCGCGCAGCUCUCCAGCUACGCGUCCUACCUGGCAAAGGCUGACGUGGCGCUCUGCAUCGUUCUCACCAGCCUCAGCACCUUCGCCUCCGUGGCACUCACGCCCAUCCUCACCUCGCUCCUGAUUGCUCAGCCGUCCCGGUCGACCUCCUAG